UUCCGCCGACGUCGGUGAUGUCUCGCGCGGAACAAAACCAGGAACGGAUCUCCGCUCGGUUGUCAUUUCGUCCGAUGCGAGAACCCUCGGCGGGUUCUUUUCUUUCUUUCUUUCUCUCUGUCGCGUCUCGCAGGGAUUUCUCCACCAUGACUCUGCCGAAGCACGCCGAGGAGGUGAACGCGUGCGAGGAGGACCGCCACCCCAAGCGGCCAGAGCGCAUCCUGGGCUCCUGGCGUCAUCGCAGGAGAGGGAUUUGCUACUGCAAAAACACAUUGCUCACGUUCACCAUCGCCGGAGUGAUCAUGGGGGUGCUGUUUGGAGUUGUGUUCCGUCGAAGCGGUCAGCUGCAGCCAAACACCAUUCUCAUCAUCUCCUUCCCCGGGGAAAUUCUCAUGCGAAUGCUCAAGAUGCUCAUCCUGCCGCUCAUCGUCUCCAGCCUCAUCACAGGCUUGUCGGGCCUGGACGCGCAGUCGAGCGGCCGCAUGGGCCGCCGGGCCCUGAUCUACUACUUGGCCACGUCCGUGACGGCCGCCAUCCUGGGCAUCGUCCUGGUGCUCGCCAUCCACCCGGGAGACCCCAGCGUCAAACCGGACCACGGCCACGACGAGGAGGAACUCCAGGCGGUGUCGAGCGUCGACGCGAUCUUCGACCUCAUUCGAAACGUCUUCCCGGAAAACCUCGUGCAGGCGUGCAUCCAACAGAUCCACACGGUGACCACGACGGUGGUGGUGCCCUCUACGCUGGCCAGAGACGUUGCCAACCUGAGUUCAAGCCAAGCUCCCGUCACGGACCUCCAUGAUUCCACGCCGGCUCCCGCGUACAACUCGAGCAACUCCAGCGAGGCGAACGGCUUCCAGCUCCUCACCACCAAGACGUUGGUCUACACGGACGGCAUGAACGUGCUGGGCUUGAUCUGCUUUGUCAUCGCCUUCGGAGUGGUGAUGGGCAAGAUGGGAGAUGAGGCCACGCCGAUGCUCAAGUUCUUCAGCGUCCUCAACGAGGUCAUCAUGCGACUCGUCAUCAUCGUCAUCUGGUACUCUCCGAUCGGCAUCGCGUCGCUCAUCUGCGGCAAGAUCGCCGAGCUCAGCGACCUGCAUGUGGUCAUGCGCCAGCUGGGCAUGUACAUGCUCACGGUCAUCGUGGGCCUCCUCAUCCACGGCGCCGUCAUCCUGCCGCUCGUCUACUUCGUCAUCACGCGCAAGAACCCCAUCAAAUUCUUCGUGGGCGUCUUCCAAGCGUGGCUCAUGGCUCUGGGCACCGCAUCCUGCGCCGGAACCCUUCCCGUCACGUUCCGCUGCCUGGAGGAGAACCUGAAGAUCGACAAGCGGGUGACGCGCUUCGUGCUGCCCGUUGGUGCCACCAUCAACAUGGACGGCACGGCACUCUACGAGGCGGUGGCCGCCAUCUUUAUCGCGCAGAUGAACGGCGUGGCCCUCGACGGAGGACAGAUCGUGAUCGUCAGCAUGACGGCCACGCUGGCGAGCGUGGGUGCCGCCAGCAUCCCGAGUGCCGGCCUGGUCACCAUGCUCAUCGUCCUCACAGCCGUGGGACUCCCUACAUCUGACAUCAGUCUGCUGGUGGCUGUCGACUGGUUCCUGGACCGACUGCGCACCUCCGUGAACUUGCUGGGAGACGCGUUCGGAGCCGCCAUCGUGCACCACCUCUCGCUCGCCGAGCUGGAGGCCGUGGACGCGGGGCGCGGGGAGGAAGGGCGCGGGGGCCUCCACCAGGAGGACGAGGAGUGGGACGAGGUGGCCGAGCUCGUGCCGCUCAAGGGCGGCGCCUCGCGGCACGGAGACGGAGUCGGUGGCGAGAGUGGCCUGGGCAGGAACGGCAGCGGCGCCGCGGAGUUCACGAUCGGUGCGGAGGAGCCGUGGCGAGUCGAGAGCUGAGGGUCGCGUGCGGGAGAGAGUCGGAGAGUGUGGGAGAGAGUUCGAGAGAGAGUGCAGGAGAAAGUGGGGGAGUGGUGGAGAGAGUGGGAGAGUGGUGGAGAGAGUGGGAGAGUGGUGGAGAGAGUGGUAGAGUGUCGGAGAGUUCGAGAGAGAGUGGGAGAGUGGUGGAGAGAGUGGGAGAGUGAUGGAGAGAGUGGUGGGAGAGAGCGGAAGAGAGACGCGGGCUCCGGCCAACUGGACGGACCUCCACGAUCAGGGACCUGGGGUCACUCAAGCCCCUUCUGUUUGAGUGAGGCCUAAUUUGGGACGAUGUUUUAAUUUAGUUGCUUUUUGUUUGAAAUAUAUUAACAAAAAAAUACCGUCAAACUGGCAUUAUAUGUGUUCAUAAAAAGAGCUGUUGAAUAAAGUUUGUAAUAAA